UAUUACAAUUAACAAUUGUUAGAGGUCAUAAUAUAGACGCUAUAUACAUUUCUUUAGUUGAGAUACAUAAUAAAAACCAAAUUUUGUUGUAAAAAUUAUCGAAACGUUUUGCCAUUCACAGUGAAUGAAAAAAUCGCCAUUCACACAAAUCAGCUGCAUGUGCCGCUGCCGGAAAAUUUGUCAUAUUUUUAUUAUAAACGUUAAAUCUUUAUAGUAAUUAGUGAAUUUAGUUAACUAAGUCAGGCAUUCCCGAAAUGAAACUGCUGCGCCACACGCUAUGUGGAGCAUUGGUUCUGCUGGCGGCUUGUGUUUUCUAUACAGCCGCGCAGGCUAAGCCGAAGACGCUUUCCCUGUCGGAGAGAGUACAAAAUCUGGUGGAGAUGAAUCAGAAGAAACCCCUGCUACGUUUCAAUGGACCCAAAUUUCGGGAAUAUGUAAAGAACACGCCGCGUAAUUACUCCAUGAUUGUAAUGCUGACGGCGCUGGCGCCGUCACGUCAAUGCCAGAUCUGUCGUCAUGCCCACGAUGAGUUCACAAUAGUGGCCAAUUCGUAUCGCUUCUCGCCGGUGUAUUCCAACAAGAUGUUCUUUGCCAUGGUUGACUUCGAUGAGGGUUCUGAGGUGUUCCAGCUGCUUCGCCUGAAUACAGCUCCAGUGUUUAUGCAUUUCCCAGCCAAGGGUAAACCAAAAGCAGCCGAUACCAUGGAUAUACAUCGUGUGGGAUUUGCCGCCGAUUCUAUUGCAAAAUUUGUUGCCGAACGUACGGAUAUAACGAUUCGUAUAUUCCGGCCGCCAAAUUAUUCAGGCACAGUGGCUAUGAUUACACUGGUGGCUUUAGCGGGCAGUUUUCUUUAUAUACGCCGCAAUAAUUUGGAAUUCCUGUACAACAAAAAUCUGUGGGGAGCUAUAGCCGUAUUCUUUUGCUUUGCCAUGAUCUCGGGCCAAAUGUGGAAUCAUAUACGUGGCCCGCCAUUGGUGCAUAAAACCCAGAACGGAGGCGUUGCCUAUAUCCAUGGCUCAUCGCAGGGCCAACUGGUGGUGGAGACCUAUAUUGUCAUGUUCUUGAAUGCUAUGAUUGUUCUGGGCAUGAUUCUGCUUAUCGAAUCGGGCACCUCGAAGGGUCAUAACAAAAAUCGUAUUAUGGCUAUGGUUGGCCUGGUACUUUUAACGGUAUUCUUUUCCUUUUUGCUCUCUGUAUUCCGUUCCAAGGCACAGGGUUAUCCUUAUAGUUUCUUGUUCAAAUAGAAUUGACUGCAGCCAUGGACUUUUCCCACUAAUUUUACACGUUUCCCUCCCCCUCAAUCGUUUUGUAGUUAAAAAUUCAAACCCAACGCGAAUGUGUGUGUGUAAAAAACGAACUUUAAUAAACAAAAAUAAAAACAAA